UGCGGACCGGCGUCUAGGCGACGACGGCGCUGUUCUCUUCCUCCGGCGGCGGUCGCUGCGGAGCUCAGCCCAGCCAGCCUGGUUGAGGAGCGCGCCCGGCUGGACUGGGUCUAUGGUGGCUCCGUGGGCCGCUCUGCUGGCUGGUGCUUUUGUAUCAGGGCCCGCAGUAUUCCAUGGCAGGGAACUUCUGGCAGAGCUCCCACUAUCAUCCAAGCAUUAGGUGAACAUCUUAAAUUAAGACAACAGGUUAUUGCUACUGCUACAGUCUAUUUCAAGAGGUUCUAUGCCAGGUAUUCUCUGAAAAGUAUAGAUCCUGUAUUAAUGGCUCCUACAUGUGUGUUUCUGGCAUCCAAAGUAGAGGAAUUUGGUGUGGUCUCAAAUACAAGAUUGAUCGCUGCUACUACUUCUGUAUUAAAAACUAGAUUUUCAUAUGCCUUUCCAAAGGAAUUUCCUUACAGGAUGAAUCAUAUACUAUAAUAUGAAUUUUACCUUUUAGAAUUAAUGGAUUGUUGCUUGAUAGUGUAUCAUCCUUAUAGACCUUUGCUCCAGUAUGUGCAGGACAUGGGCCAAGAAGACGUGUUGCUUCCCCUUGCAUGGAGAAUAGUGAAUGAUACCUACAGGACGGAUCUUUGUCUGCUGUAUCCUCCUUUCAUGAUAGCUUUAGCUUGUCUACAUGUAGCCUGUGUUGUACAACAGAAAGAUGCUAGGCAAUGGUUUGCAGAACUUUCUGUGGAUAUGGAGAAGAUUUUGGAAAUAAUCAGGGUUAUUUUAAAACUAUAUGAGCAGUGGAAGAAUUUUGAUGAGAGAAAAGAGAUGGCAACUAUUCUUAGUAAGAUGCCGAAGCCAAAACCACCUCCAAACAGUGAAGGAGAGCAGGGUCCAAAUGGAAGUCAGAACUCUAGCUACAGCCAAUCUUAAAACACCCUGAAGAAUCCUGUAGUGGACCACUUGGAAGUAAAGCAUUGGACAGUUUGAGUAAGGUCUUCAUUGGAAAUCAGAUGCAAAUGAAUAGCUUGUUUCUGUCAAGCAUAUUGGGAAUUGACUUAAUUUUUACAAAAUAAGUUUACCUUACUUAAUUUGAUUCUAGUGUGUAAUUUAUUAAGUCUUAAUCAUAAAAUUAAGUAAAGCUCUGAGGGGAACCUAUUUUAGACAUACACAGACAUUUCAGAGUUAACUUCUCUCACACAGAAACAAAUACACACACACUAAUAUUUGAUUAUAGUAAUUGAAGGGUUUUUUUUAAUUAAUAAUAGCUUUUUGUUUUGUUUUUCGAGACAGGGUUUCUCUGUGUAGCUUUGGAGCCUUUCCUGGAACUCGCUCUGUAGACUAGGCUGGCCUAGAACUCACAGAGAUCUGCCUACCUCUUAUAGCUUGUUAAAAAUUAAGGCAGAAAACAUGAAAUGUCAUUUGUUUAAAAUUCUCUUUGAACAUCGAGGGACCAGAAAAAAAAAGGACAUAAAAAGUCAGUAAGAGCCCCCAACCCUCCCCAGUUUAAGUUUAAAACUUUAUUUAAGAAACUAAAUCGUAGGAAAAAUUGGAAUAUUUUAGGAAUGCUAUUUACAAUUUGAGGGAGAUUAAACAAGAACUUACUGAUUUUUAAAAUGUGUUUUAUUCAAUACUUUUUGUGUUAUCACAGAAGAUACUUGCCCAGCCUGUUAGAAAAGUGCAAUAUGUAUAGUAUGCGUUUACAUUUUAAAGGUUAGAUUGACUUAUUAGCUGUUUUGAAAUGCUGGGAAACCUCAAAGAAAAAGUAAUUUGCAAUCAAUUCACAGUAAGAAUUUUUAAAAGUUUAAUUUGGUAAACAAUGAAGUUCAAAUUUGGUGAAGUUUUAAUGUUAAUCUUUAAUCUGUCCUGAAAAUUUUUAUUAUAUACACACAUGCCGGUCUAAUUUUGUGUUUUAGUGAGAACUGACAGAUGUUCUGCAAGUAUUCUGAGUGAAGAACCUAGUCAGGUUUCAGGCCAGUGUGAUACUGGCUCUUCUUCAUUUUCAUGAGUGUAGACUUCAGAACAGAUGCUACAUCUGUGAAACUGGUAUCUCUGAAACUUCCUCAAUUACUCAUUUUCUUCAGACUUGAAGAAUGACAUAUGAAACUUGGAGUAUUGGGAUAUUAAUGUGUAAUUUUGCACUUUUAAAAGAUAAGUCAUGAAAAAAAAUUGCUAAGCAUUGACUUCCUAGUUAAAAUUUGAAGAAUAAAAGGUUUAAGUUCUUCAGCUAUAUUUCCUAGUGUCUUGAAUUCAUUUUGUUAAGUUUGAUUUAGGUUUUCUGAGACUCUUUCUGCAUGUUAAAAGCCCCUGUGCUUUGUAAAGAGGUGAUUUCAUGUGGUUUAUGAAUAAUUGCAAGAAAAGUCUUGAUUCCUUAUGGAGAGGAUCAGAUGAGCUGGAAAGGAGACAAUACUUUGGUACCAAGUGGUACCUCCUAAGGUUGUUUAAGGAUAAGAAGCAAGAAAACAAGCUCUCUCUAGGUCUUAAGGAGUUUAAACUGAGCUUAGCUUGCAUGCUCGGUGAUUACUCAUCACAGUCAUUAGCUAUAGUUUUUAUCUUCAAGCUUUUUUUUUUGUAUAAUCUCUGUGCUUCAUAGUUUUCUUUGCAAUCUCUUAUUGUAGAAAUUUUUAAAUUUACGAGAGCAGACAAAGCAGUGUAAUAAGCCUCCAUGCAUGUAUGAUCUAGCCUUAGCAAUUACUGAUUUGUAGCCAAUUUCAUCUUAUUUCAGUUUCCAUACCAAUCUCUACUUUGCAUUAUUGUUUUGAAGAAAAUUCCAGAUAUAUUAUUUCAUCAGUAUGUACUCCUGAGAGGUAAUGGCACCUUAAAACACUAUAAAAGUAACAGGACUUUGAUAGUUUUAAUAUACUUUUGUAUACUUUACUUAAAAAUUAAUGAGACUAAUUAUCAAAUAUUACAUUAAAAGUUUUAAUUCCCUGCAAGUUGCAGAACAUUCUAUGUAUUCAUUUAUAAAUCCUUUUAGGUUUUUGUUUGUUUGUUUGUUUGGUUUUUUGAGGCAGGGUGUCUCUGUGUAGUUUUGGAGUCUAUCCUGGCACUUGCUCUGGAGACCAGGCUGGCCUCAAACUCACAGAGAUCCGCCUGCCUCUGCCUCCUGAGUGCUGGGAUUAAAGGCGUGUGCCACCAACGCCUGGCUAUAAACCCUUUUAGUUUUAUAUUCGUGGAUUCUUCAUGUUAUUAACAAAAAAUUCCCUGUUUUCAUUUAUUCAUCUUUUACGUUUCCCAUAGCCUAAAUUUUACUGUGGGCAUCUUUAGCACGCCAUUUAAUGUAGUUAUUUUUUUCCUUUGUAUGUCUGUAAAUUGGUAAUUGAAUAUGAAGGCUGAUUGCAUUGAGAUUCUUUUUGUUUUGGCUAGACUACUGUAUAAGAUAGCAGUCUCUUCCAUUAGUAAGUAAAUAGUGGCUGUUGCUGUAUUACCCACUUAUGAUAAGUAUUGUUUUUCAGAAUCAGUUACUGUCUUAGGCACACUGUCCAGUAUCAUAGCCACCAGCCACUUAGGGUUGGCUUGUCUGAAUUUAGAUAAUGCUAUAAAUGUACAAACAUGUUGGAUUUCAGGUACUUAUUACAAAGCAAAAGAAUGUUAAAAUCUUAAUUUGUUUAUAACCAGUGUGUUUUAAAUGAUAAUAUUUUGGAUACAUAGAAUUAAAUAAAACAUUAUUAAAAUUAA